AUGACGCAACCCAGCAUUAUCGUUCUCAUUCUCUUUUCUCUACUUAUCACCAAUGCUAAAUCGAGGGGCAAAAAUGUAACUCCCGAGCAACACGUAAGCAAACGCUUACUUCUUGGUUUAGCCAAUAUUACACAGGCACCUAUGACUAUUAGCAGCUUUGAGAAGGGUGGAGAUGGUGGCGCGCCGUCAGCAUGUGAUGGGAAGUACCACUCAAAUAGUGAAUAUGUUGUUGCAUUAUCAACGAAAUGUGCAAAAGCUAUGGUGAUUGAUGAGUGUGGCUCUAAGGAUUGUCCUGAUAAUAUUGUGGUCGCAUCUAAAGCCGUUUGGGUAUUCCUUCAGGUUCCUCAUAGCGAAUGGGGGGAAACCAUAAUUACUUGGUUUAACGAUAUGACGACCUAUAUUAAUGAAAUUGAUCGUGAAGCAAAGCUAUUUCAAGGUGAAACUUUUCCUUUGUUAUAG